AUGGUUUCGAAGGUGGUGGACUUCGAGUCGGCGGUAGAGACGGCGAUGGAUGCCCACUACCUCUCCACCCAUCUCACCGACCAUUGCUUCUCUCAGCUGUUCGAAGCCGCGACCGAGCUGCUGCUCCGGCAGAUCCAGAGCCAAAUAGAAACCGCGCCAAAUCCCCUCUACUUUUGCUUGUCCCUCCGGAAGCACCAUUCCCUCCAGCCUUGGGCUGGAGCCAUAUCCGAGAACAGAUUCAUUAUUUUAGUUCUGAUUCUUCGAGCCGCUAGACCGAAAUUCACAGUUGACAUUGUUGGUAGUAAUCGGCCCAAGACUCCCCGAGAACCCUUUACUAUCGACCAGCAUUGCAGGCUCGCUCGGGCGAUCCACGCCUUCGGCCUGGCCGACGCCUUCAACUGGCACAAGGCGGUGGAGCUUUUUGGUUAG